AUGGGCUCUAUAUCAGAGUUGCUGUCGACAGAAGCUGCUGACACUAGUGAUUUCAACAAGACUGGUGGUUUUAGUCCUAACCAUGUUGAAGAAAUUGCAUAUAACCCUGAGGAUGAUUCCUCAGAUCAAGUACCCACUUUAGCUAUUCGGGAAAAGUCACUACUACAUGCUAGUUCUACUACACAAUUGGCUAACACUGGAGAGGCUCCCUCUAAUCCAACAGACCUUCAAAAGUCACCCCACUUGGGUGAUGUGGAGGAUGUGGUUAUGAAUGGUGAGCUUGAAUCUCCAGGGUCAAGAAGGAAAAACAUCAUAGCUAGAACAUUUGAAGGAAAAGGAAGUUUUGUCAACGUUGAUCAUAUUUCAUCUUCUGCUGGACCAAAGAUUCCAGAUUAUAGUCCUCGAAAGUUUUUAGAGAUGAAGGAUGGCAGUGUAGGGAGGGUGUUUGCCGGAGUUCGCGAUUAG